AUGCCUCCAGCAGUUCGAUCUACGAGGCAACGCGCCGUCACGAAUGAGAACGAUGAAAACGCCACUACGACACGCUUGACGCGUGCAAAGGCCGCCAACUUGGGCGCCAACGAGUCGGCAGCAGACGUGCCCAAGAAGGCUCUCCAGACAAAGAAGUCGACUGCUACCCUCGGCGCGAACGGUGCCGCGACGCGAAAGCGUGCGGCUCUUGGUGACGUCAGCAAUGUCACAAAGCAGGACGCUCUGGGCGCAAAAGACGGAAAGAAGCCACUGGCUACCAAAGGCCAACUCUCAAAAGCAGCACAGCCAACCAAGGUCGAGAAGUCAUCACGGGCCGCUUCGACGCGUUCCAUUCUACAGCAAAAGGAAAAGAUCUCCACAUCCGACCUCAAGAAGCGCCCAGCUAGUGGCAACGGUAUCACAGGUCAGCCAGCAAAGAAGCGCGGCGCUGCCGCUGCAAAGUCAGUCAAGGCGGAGCCAAAGGUGGAUGUAAAGGAGGACGUCAAGGAGGAAGAGGAGAAGGAGCAGGAAGAAGAGAAGGAAGACCAGCCAGAGGAGGAAGAGGAGGAGAACGUCGAGCCACAAGAGAAGGUGGUUGAAGAGGACAAUGUCAAGCAGAGCAAGAGCUCAAAGAAGGAGGUUGAGGCACCCGUCACUGAGGUCUUCUACGACGGCCCGGAUCUAGACAAGGAGGACGUUGAUGACCCGCUCAUGGUCUCCGAGUAUGUUGUCGAGAUCUUUGAGUACCUGAAGGAGCUUGAGAUUGCCACCAUGGCCAACCCCGACUACAUGGAGAGCCAAACAGAACUCGAGUGGAAGAUGCGCGGCAUUCUUGUCGACUGGCUACUCGAGGUCCACACCCGCUUCCGUCUCCUUCCCGAGACUCUCUUCCUCGCUGUCAACAUCAUUGACCGCUUCCUUUCCACCAAGAUUGUCCAGCUGGACCGCCUUCAGUUGGUUGGUGUUACUGCCAUGUUCAUCGCCUCCAAGUACGAGGAGGUUCUCUCUCCUCACGUACAGAACUUCCGCCAUGUUGCCGAUGAUGGCUUCACCGAGGAGGAAAUUCUUAGCGCCGAACGCUUUGUCCUUGCUGCCUUGAACUACGACCUGAGCUACCCCAACCCCAUGAACUUCCUCCGCCGGAUAUCAAAGGCCGACAACUACGACAUCCAGACUCGCACACUGGGCAAGUAUCUCUUGGAGAUUGGCUGCCUGGAUCACCGCUUCCUCGCCCACCCUCCUAGCCAGGUUGCUGCCGCCGCCAUGUACCUUGCUCGCCUUGUUCUCGAGCGUGGCCCUUGGGACGCUACCCUCACACACUACGCCGGUUACACUGAGCAGGAGAUUCAGCCCGUUCUUGAGCUGAUGAUCGACUACCUCUCCGGCCCUGUUGUACACGAGGCCUUCUUUAAGAAGUAUGCCAGCAAAAAGUUCUUGAAAGCAUCCAUUGUUCUUCGCAAGUGGGCCAAGGAAUACGUUGCCGCCUAUGGUAACGCACUCCAAGAAGAGGCCGCUGUCCCCACCAAGACCAAGAGCGUGCGCUAA